CGUUUUGUAAUAUCCUGCCACAUUGGGCGAUAACGCAACGAUUUAAUUGCAACGAGCCGAUCAGUGAUUUUGUUUUGCACGUAGCAUUUUGUAAUUAAUCUAACAGAGAAAAGAAACCGGUUCCGAUUGACGCUGACAUGUCGACUUCAUCCAUGUCGAAGGGCUGCUUUGUAUUCAAACCCAGUGCCAAGAAGAAAAAGAGGACUCUGGGUGUUGAGGAUUAUUUCAUUCGUAGUUGUGAGAACAAUGCGAUGAGUGAUCUACGGUUCAAACUCUGUCAGAGUCUGUGGGAUCAAAUGAAAUCUGACACAGAGAAUUUGCAGGAUGAACUCAACAGGAAAAUCCUGGACAAUCUGUUGGAGUUCAUUAGAAAGUGCUCCUCCACGUUCCAGCGCAGCACUGAUGACUGGGCAUCUCGUAUGAGGGCCAGCGAGAUUCCCACAGCUGCUCUUGUGCUUGGUGUAAAUGUUCCAGAUCAUGCCAUGACCUUCCAGAGCCUAUCUGACCAACUUCAGCAGUCUGUGACUCCCUAUGUGGCCUCUGUGCAAGCUAAAGAGUGUGGAGCACUGAAGCAUCUGAUGCAGAGUGUUCUGGAGAGGUUGUUGUGCACUGUUGUGUCUGUGGAUGAUGAUGAGGAGGCUGAGCCAGGCAGUACCCAUCUUCACCAAAAGACAGUGAACUGCUCCCUCAGUACUCUGUGUCACUGGUACAUGACCAAAACAAAGAAAUCCAGCAGAGGUACUCCUGGUAAAAAGCGUAGUUCAGAUGUCAGAGAUGAGCACCAGCAGCCCCCCAUCAUCAUUAUCUUCAAAGACUUAGAGGCAUUUAACCCAAGAGUUCUCCAGGAUUUUAUCCUUGUCUGCAGUCGAUAUGUUGAACAGCUUCCCCUGAUGUUCAUCUUUGGCAUUGCUACAUCACCCAGCACCAUCCAACACAUGUUGCCCCAUUCCGUGUCGUCCCUGCUUUGCAUAGAACUUUUCCAGUCCUUGUCUUGCACCCAACACCUGGCCACAGUUAUAGACAAGUUUAUCUUGACGGAUCAAUUCCCUUUCAAGCCAAGCAGCAAGGUGUUGCAGGUGCUGGUCAGCAUCUUCCUCUACCACGAUUUCUCAGUGAGAAACUUCAUCAAGGGUCUGCAGCUGGCACUGCUGGAGCACUUCUACUCUCAGCCUUUGAGUGUAAUGUGCUGUAUAAAGAAGGAGGCCCUGGUCAAUGCAACACAGCUCAGUCACAAGGACUGUGAGAGGGUCAGGAAGCUUCCCUCCUUCAGGAGUUACGUAGAGACACAAGAGCCUCAAGAACAGGUGAAACUGUUGACCAGUGACACUCACGUGAAGGAGGUGUGUCAGAAGCUGCUGAAGAGCCUUCAUAAGUAUCACAAGAACUAUUACCCAAUCCUAAGGUGUCUCCACACUCUCACCUCUUCAUUACCCAGGUGCCCCCUUGGGAAGCAGAUCAGGGAGCUCCACAUAUUGUGCCUGGAGAGGAACGUAUGGGAAGAGGAAGAGUAUAAGUCAGCAAUGGAGCUCCUUGGAAUGAUGGCUAAAGAGGACCUGGUCAGCUCGCUCCAGAGGUGUGCCGAGAUCCUCAAAUCAGUCACGUCAAAGAAGAUGAGGAGUACACUUGUUGAACUAGAAGAUCUACUCAAGGAAUUUAAGCUGUUGAACACUGCAAGUGAAAUGGCUGCCCAUGAAGAGGAUAUCUCAUCUCCUGGGAAAAGUCUCCAGAAGAAAACGGAUCUAUUCCAACUGCAGAAGACUCUUCUGGAGAUGAGAGAAUCUCGGAGAGCCAAGAAACUGAGUCGGUAUGAGGUUCUUCGAAACAAGUCCCUAGAGUUUAUUGAUGGCUUAGUAAGGACAUACCUGUUGCCCCCAGAGACACACCCAUUGAAUGAGGUGUGCUACUAUAGUUCCUCUCCCAUUCUGAGGCGCCACCUCAAUGCCACACCUCGAACAUCCAUUCAGACCGCACUCAGCAAUCCCUACCACUACCUUCAGAAUAGUAGCCUGAGGACUGAAGAUGGGACCGUGUCUAACGCCGCCCCUGAUAUCUGCAUAGUGUAUAAGCUCCAUCUGGAGUGUGGCAGGCUGAUUAACCUCUAUGACUGGCUAGAGGCCUUUGCUACCGUAGUCUCUGCUGCUGAAGGUAAGGAUCCUAACUCUGAGGAUUACGGAAAAGUGGAUGAACUCAAACAUGCUCGUUUCAUCCAGGCUGUGACAGAGCUUGAAUUUCUGGGAUUCAUCAAGUCAACCAAGCGGAAGACUGAUCAUGUGGCUCGACUGACCUGGGGAGGUUGCUGAUCAAGUCAUCUCCUAAUGUGUUAGAAAUCUUGAGUGUCAUUUGCCAUUCUACAGUAAUGCAAGUCAAGUGUGUUACUAGUGAAACUUACUGUUUUGAAUUGUUUAUCUAAUAAAAACUUAUCUGGUUGCUCUGUUUAUAUU